UAUUUAGAAAUGCAGUCAUUCAUAAAUUAUAUAUUUUAAACUUCAACAUAGGUCAUUUAAGUAACCAAACCUAAUCAGACCUGGAGAUAUAAUGCACGUGCAUUUGUUAACUUUUAUGUUCUGUUGUUUAAAAAUGUACUACAGUGUUCAAGUUUUUGAUGGAGAGUUUACAGGUCAAGUUGUAAUAAACACAACCAAUUCAGAAGGGUUUAUUGAUCGAUUUAUAAAAAAACAUGAUGGAUAUACAUUUCAAAAAAGGUUUCAGAUAGGGAGACAUGAAUACUUUGUAUUUGAAAUAAAUGAAACGCAGCGCACACGUAAAAUAAGCAAGCAGACAGAAGACUUCGACAUUAAGAAUUUAAAACUGGAUUUGGAGAUAGAUUUUGUAAAUCAAGAAAAAAGAUAUCGUAGAAUAGCAAAGACAGAUGACACGGAAUGGUCAAAUUUGUGGCACUUGAAUGAUGACGUAUCACCUUCUAUGAAGGUCAAUGAAGCUUGGAAUGCUGGGUAUACCGGAAGUGGAAUAAAAAUUGCUAUCCUUGACGAUGGUUUACAGACCGAUCAUACUGACUUAGACGCAAAUGUGGACACAGUGAACGAUUAUGAUUAUCAAAGUACGGAUGAUAAUCCGAUGCCCGAUGUUGGUGACAGCCAUGGUACAAAAGUAGCAGGUUUGAUAGCUGCAGAAAAGGAUAACAACGAAUGCACAGUAGGAAUAGCAUAUGAAUCUACUAUAAUUGGUGUUCGAAUUCUUGGUACUAGCGGAUUAACAGAUUCUGAAGAAGCACAAGCACUAAAUCAUCAUCUUAGCGGUAUAGAUAUUUAUUCCAACAGUUGGGGUCCUACAGAUGGAUAUGGAUUUUCUGAGCCCGGUACAAUUACAAAAGACGCCCUUCUAGACGGAAUUACUAGUGGCAGAGGUGGCAAAGGUGUUAUUUAUACAUGGGCAGCAGGUAAUGGACAAACAAGCGAUAAUUGUAAUGGGGACGGAUAUGUUAAUAGUAUCUACACAAUUGGUGUGACAAGUGUAGAAGAAGGACGAAAUGCAUGGUACUCUGAAGUCUGCGCAGCUGCAUUAGCCGCGACUUUCGGUGGAAGUAGCAACAAUAGAUAUUUAACUUCAACGACAACUUCUUCUGGUUGUACAAGUGAUGGCAUACAAGGGACCUCGUUUUCAACACCAAUUGCCUCUGGUAUCAUUGCGUUAGCACUUCACGCAAAUUCUGCGCUCACGUGGCGAGAUAUUCAACAUAUGAUUGUUCUGACGUCAUCGAGAAAUGGUUUUACAGAUUCAUAUUCCAGCUGGGGAACAAAUGGAGCGGGAAAGGAAUAUAGUCAAGUUCUUGGGUUUGGUUUGAUGGACGCUGAAGCUAUGGUAACUCAGGCUGCAAUUUGGACGAAUGUUCCGACACAACAAACCUGCGCCACAUCAACAUUCACUGGAUCCGGAUCAACGUCUGGUUCAUCCUACACAACAGACAUUAGAUCGAUCUCAGCUACCGACUGCUCUUCAAUAACGUAUUUGGAACAUGUAACAAUUGACAUUUCGUUCUCAUACACUGAAUACCGAGGUGUGACUGAAUUUUACCUGGUGUCACCUUCAGGAACAGAAAGCCAUUUAAUGCAUUAUCGAUAUGAUGACGCUGUUUAUUUUGACUCAGCUGGUUCAUUAUCAUGGACAUUUAUGUCAGUUCAUUUUUGGAGGGAAAGUCCCAUUGGACAAUGGACCUUGAAGUUUAAAUCAUACCGCGGCCUCUCAGUCGUUACUGUCAGUUCUUGGUCGAUAACAUUUUACGGAACUUCCGCAGAUCCUCUUCCUAAUAUAGACCAAUGUAUAUCAUCACCAUGUGAGAACAAUGGGACUUGUACAAAUAACGUCUAUUCAUAUAAUUGUCAGUGUACUGAUGGUUAUUCCGGGACAAACUGUCAGACCAUUAUCACUACCGUCAGUACUCAAGGAACAUCUACAGAACCUCUUACGACUGAGGAUAAUGGUAUAAGUACUACAGUAGUAGUUGUUGUAGUAGCUGGUUGUGUUGUUGUUGUAAUUGUGAUUGUAGCCAUUGUAAUUGCAGUUGCAAAGUCCUUUUCAGCUGGAGCAACAGUGGGCCCUGUCGGUGUUGCAGUUGUAUGGCAAUAGGAAAUAACGAUAUACGAUAAUACACUUAUUAGUACACAUCAACAUAAACAAUUAUGUUUAUGAACACGUAUUGCAGUUGUAUGGCAAUAGGAAAUGAUGAUAUACGAUAAUAACUUCACAACAAAAUAAAGAAAUUAUGUUUUUGAAUACAUAAUUGUUCAAAAGACUGAAAAUGUAUUGAUUGCAACAUUUAGAACUUAUUUCAAAUUAAUGUAAAUGGUAAAACCACCUGAUAAUUGUGUACUUUCAACAUAAAUUAAAGAAAUUACAUGGGUGGCAGAAAACAUGAAAAGUAUUACUCGUAGACAGUUUUGUCUACAUUAUUUGAAUUCUGGACAUGGUGCAAACUUGAUUUAUUAAAGUCAUUGGAGAGAUGUCAAGAUGACAUAUCCUAUGUAGAUCUUGUUAAAGAAUAAACCUCGGAAACUAUGAUGAAAAAACAGUGAAUGGGAGUGGGGUGGGGUGGGCGAUAUAGUGGGGGAAGGAAGACAACUAGCUUCAACUUCACUAGAUGUUGACAGUAAAUUUAAGACAAAGAGUAUCCCAUUAAAGGUUUUAUCAAUGGCCUCCGUUUACAUAAUUCAGAAACUAUAUUUCGUACAGGCCAAAUGCCUUCAUUAUUGUACCUUUGGACGAACGACUAUAUGAAAGGUUGAUAAAUGAAAUGUCAAUGAAAUACACGUGAACGUCAAUAGGCCCAAGACCACGAAUAUAGUUCCCUUUAAUUAAAGUGUAUUUUUUCUUUAUUUUUUUUCUUUCCUUUUCUCAUACAUUUCUUAGUUUUUAUAAGGUGGAAAUGAAAGAAGAGAGCUGAAAUAAAUUUUUGGAUGUUUUAUUUUAACUGAUUUUGAUAUGGAAAGAGUGAUUAGGCCAGGUGCAAAAAGGUAAUAUUUACAGUUUUCGGAACAUCUCUUUGACUUGUCCAUAGGGGUAUGGAUGUGUAUUGGCUAAAUUUGUAAGAUGUAAACGUUCAAUUUUUCUGAAACUUGGAUAUAUUUUUGGACUUGUACUGUUCAUUACACACACAAAAGAUUUGACAAAAAAAACAGGCAGUUUUUUUUUAAUUAGACAAAACGUUAUAAAGAACUAAUAGAGGAAUUAAUUGUGGUCUGUAGCCAAUACUACCUUUUUGCUUCGUAAAAGUACUUAUCAAACAUAUGUUUUGGGGUUCUGAAAAGAUGGUUCCAAUACAUGCGUUUAAACAUUUUUUAAUGAUUUUUAACAUAAAAUUUUAGCAAUUCCAUUUUAAAGGGAAUUUGUCUAAUAAUACAAAGAAAUGAAGGUUGAAUCAGUUUUUGUUAACCUUCUAGAUUUUUUUGAUAUAUUUGCAAACAUGACAGUGUGUCAAUGAUAAAUGUGUUUUAUCACUGGCAAUGAUACUUUUGUGUCUCUAUCAAACUUUUUUGUUGGAUGUUUUUAUUUCAUAAACAGAAAGACUGAUUGAAAAAAUAUACACUUGAUACACAACAAAAUGAUUAAUUGAUUGAUUUUUGAUUUCUUAACGUCCAGUGGCAAAUUACAAAAAAAAUCAACAGGACCUUCAAAAUGUUGAUCAUAUUUGGUAAAUAUUUUGAUGGUUGAAUCAGUUUACUUUCUUUUUUAUUUCGUAGGAUUAAGUCAAAAGGAUGACACUAUUCUUUUUAUUGAAUGAUUUUUCUGUUGCAUAUUGUGUCAAAACGUAAAAUAUGUAGCUUUUUAGAAAGACUCUGUAAUAUGCAACUUAUUUAAACUGAUAAAUGUAUCUGUUUGCUUAUAAAAAUUCCUUGUUAAAUGUGCACAUUUUGUUAACAUUCUUUUUUAAGUAGGCAUCAUGGCAUCAUUUUUUUUGUUAUUCAGAUUUAAGAAAAAAAACUUAGUAAUAGUAUAAAACGAAUUAUUUGAAGUUGGAUAUUUCCUAUUACAUGGAAAGGUUUUACCAGUAGUCUACGUCGGUUUGAUUAUGCUAGAGGGUCUGGAUGGGGUAUACAGAAUAGAAAAUAAUGGGCCAAUACUGCAGAAAAAUGGGUCAAUCAAUAAAGAAUAGAGAAAUGAAGGACCCCCCCCCCAAACCCCAAAUCAAACCCGCAUGCAAAACAGUGAAAAUCAAAGACAUAAAAUACUAUCAGAAAAAUAAUGAAAGGGGAGGAACAAAGAGGGAGAUUUUAACCUUCCUCGAAGAUGACUUUCUAUUUUUUAAAGACAGAAGAGGGGGUCUCCCUUCUAGCACUGAUGCGUUGGCAGGUAUGCAAUUCAUAUGUCUGGAUCGUACUGAACAUGCAUGAAAUAUUUGCCACUGGACGUUAAGCAACCAACAAUAAAUCAUAUGUCUCGAUUGGUGGUUCAGUGUUAUUUAUUACUUGAAAAGACUUAUGUUUGUUGCUGAGAUUUUUAGUUUCUGUCCCACUUCAUACAUGUACAUAUUAUCAAUUUAUAAAAAAAUAAUAUUGGAUUAUAUCGUUUACAAAUGUUUACAUUUUUUCGUCCGUCCAAUUUGUGGUAAACUAUUUUUUAAAAUUCAUUAUUGCUUUUUACUUUCAUGUGAUUUUUUAUUUACGUAGAAUUUUCCAAAAUGCGCAAUGCCGCAAAUUAACUUUAAAGUAGAAAAAACAUGAGAAAAACAUCACAUCUUUAUCAUCGAGAAACAUACAACCUUGCUAAUGAAAAAAUCUUAACAACUUUUUUUGAUUUUGUUAAUCCUGAAUAAAUUUUCUCAAAAUAGUUAUCUCAGAUAACAAAAAUCGUCCUGCAUAUACAUAAAAUAUUCGUCAAUAGACGUAAACAUUGCAACAGUCCAUCACGAAAGACUUUUUCAAAAUAUACCUCGGAGUUAUUAUUCACUAGUUUUGUCUUAAUACGACACCGUUUAACUAGUCUUAUUGUAGCUUACUUGGCUCGAACUCGGGAUACCAAGCGUUCCCAUCCCAGCAGGUUCAACGUGCUUGGAUGUCAAAAGCACACGGCAUUUAGAAGUCAAAGCAAAGACGACUGGUCGAUAUAGAGUAAAAACAAAUAUGUAUGAGUAUAGUGGUAUGUCUUUCUGAGUAAUAUCUGGAAUUGUAAACACUUUGGUAUGUUCAUAUAUCCUUCUAAUUAUCAUGUAAUAUUCGCCACUGUACGUUAAACAGUCAUGAAUAUUCUGCGGGUAAAUAGUUCAAUUGCAACCAAGGACUAGUUUCAUCUUCUAUAUAAUUUUAUUUUAAAAUGCUAGUACAAGUAUUUCUCAAUGUCCUCAAAAAUAAAAUCAAAAUUAUGAUGAUACGAACGCCUUUGUUAUUUAUACACACUAUUCGUCAUUAACAUGUUUACAAUUUGAAUGCAUAUAUCUUUAAAUAGCUUUUGAAUUGUUAGAACAUUUAGAUUACGUAGGUACCUAUUGUUUAGUAGAAAUGUGUGAAGAUUGCCUUUUUAAAGGCA